AUGGGCCGUGGCAAGACUCGCGUGAUUCUACCAAUGUUGUUCCUGCAUUUCGCUCAUAGUCAAGAUGGACGGAUUGUUCGUGCGCAUUUCCUGGGAUCUUUACUGGGCGAGGCUUGCCAGUACAUACAUCGCUACUUGUCCGCUUCAGCCAGUCAGUUGUGCAUCUUGGAGCAGCCAUUCCACCGACAGAUUGGUCUGGAUGUUCGCAAGCUCGAAGUCAUUCAUGAUGUCUUACAAGAGAUGAAAAUGUUUGGUGGUAUUCAAGUGGUCGCUCCUGAGCAUCGAAUGUCACUGGAGUUGAAGCGCUUAGAAUUGGACGAAGACGAUGAGGUCUCCGCUGAUUUACUGGACGAGAUCCUCGACACCAGCCAGUACAUUGACGUGCUUGAUGAGUGCGACGCAGUGCUGCAUCACAAGUAUCACUUGGUGUAUGCAGCAGGUCGGCCCAUCGCGCUCAAUCAUGGGGUUGAGCGGUGGGAGGCAGCAGAGGCUCUAUUGGGAGUUAUCGCAAGCAAAAGGCCAGAAUCUCGAGUGCGACAGGUUCUGCAAGCUCCCCACGUGGCCUGUUCGCCGAACUAUGUGACACGGUUGGGUGCCUACGAAGGCACUCGGUUAAACGCCACAGUCGACAGUACAGUGCCUCUGCGAAAGCAGUUGAAAGAAGCAUUGGCGCUGGAUCUGAUUAACAAGCCUGAGCUGAUGUGGCUAAACAUGCUUGGGAAUGGAGCUGCUCGUGCUUCGCUCAUUGUGGCUAUUACGGACUCGACCGUAAGUCUGGAGGCUGCGCUUGGCGAGCACAUGCAGAAACUCUCGCCGUAUGUCAAUCAGCUGCUCGCACUACGAGGGCUGGUAGCGUUUGAGGUCCUGGAGCAUUGCUCGGAGAAGCGGUACCGUGUUGAUUUUGGACUUCCGCUUCCGGAAACGAGACCCAAGAGAAUCGCAAUUCCGUUCUGUGCCGCGGAUGUUUCUGCGGAACAAUCCAAAUUUAGUCAUCCGGACGUUUGCAUCGUUCAAACGUUGCUGGGAUACUAUCACCGAGGUCUCACAGACGAGGAGGUUAGAGAAGCGUUUGAGAAGCUGCUGCGCUUGGACAUUUCUGAACAGGAACAUCAACAUGGUCGAUGGUUCUCCAGUGUCGAACCUGGAUUGGAUGUCGAAACCCGCAAGGCUUUGUGUGAUGUACGUCACAUCAGUCUGACUGAUGCUCGACAAUUCGAGACACUCUGCGAAGUCUUCCGGUUGUGUAUGGAGACGAUCAAUUUCUUCCUGAAUACGUGCGUCUUUCCGAAGGAUACCCAGCAGUAUCCGCAACGAUUGUCACGGACUGCGUGGAACCUCGCAGCAGGGGGCAACAGUGUCGGGUUCUCGGGAACAAACGACAACCACCGUCUCCUGCCGCUGUCAGUAGCGCAAAAAGAACCUGAUUACGCUGUGCUGCGCGGAACUAAUGGAGAUAUGCUCCAUAAAAUCAUGCAUGAAAGCCAUGGCUACGAGAUAGUGCGACCGAGCCAAGACAGCUCUCCAAUUGCGUGGAAGAGCGUGCUGCUGUAUGCGCUGUCCAAAGGUGCGCAAGCUCUUAUCGAUACCGGCGCUUUGUUGGCCGGAGUGAUGAACCACGAAGCAGCCAACUAUCUUGUUCGGCAGCCAGACUUUGGCUUUGCUGGUGUGACGUACUUCGACAAUCGAGACCAAAUGAACUGCUGGAUGGUUGCCGAGAGGGAAAGGCGUCUUGUAAUGCCGCUGAAAGAGUCGUCGAUGCUGGAGAAGGAGACGUUCGUGGUUUUUGACGAAGCUCGAUCAAGAGGAGCCGAUAUGAAGCUCCCACCAAGCGCUGCUGCCGUGCUGACUCUAGGGCCAAAACUUAAUAAGGACAAGUUGAUGCAAGGCGCAGGACGCAUGAGACAGCUGGGGCGUAACCAAACUCUGUGGAUCGCUAGCUUCGAUGAAGUGGCUCAAAGUAUUCUUCAAACCAAAGCUACGCACUGUGACGUCUCUGAUUUAACCGCAGUCGACGUUCUGAACUGGGUCGUACAUAACACGAAGGCGGAGUCUGCGGACGGACUGGAGUGGGCUGGGAGUGGCUUUCAUUAUCGGGAGACUCGGCACGACCGAACGGCGGAGUGGGUUCCUGAAGACUGGUCUCUGGCGAAAAUGUACCAAGACAAGCUACGUGCAGAGAAGAUCACUCACGUCAUUGAAUCCAAGGCUUGCUGUAACUUUAAAGACAUCGAUGACGACGUGGUAGCACAAAUUUGUAGCAAUGGUCGCAAGUACGGGUUGGAAGACGAGGUCUGCGUCACUGCGCAUACGGACGAGUGCGAGCGAGAGCUGAAGCUGGAGGAGAAUGUGCAAGAGCAGCAACGCGUCGAAGUGGUGAACUGUUCCCCAGCACAAGAGAAGCCAUGGAAUCACGCUGAGAUCUUGGGUGCUAUUUCAGUUGAGGAUCGGGAUGGGGUCGUUCGAGUAGAGGCCUUGGAGAGCUUCAUAUGUCAAUGGAUUUAUCCCAAGGAAUUCGCACGUCUGGCUUGGUCAACGACUCGCAUUUUUGGAACGGAGAAUUUCUACUCCACCAUUUUGAAACAGGCCAAUGUGGAUCAGAUGAACGAGUUCCUGCGCGUCAUUGAUGUUGUACUCGUAUUCGACAACGGUCAAGUCCUCCUAGUGUCCGAGUGCGAAGCCGACCACAUUUUGCAGCUGCUGUGGUCUGCUUCUGCCUCCGCUUGUUGCAGCUUUCGCUUCUUGAAUCUCGCCUUUGCGUGGGACAAUAUUGGCCGAUUUGCGAAGCUUCCGCGCUUGUUGAAGGUCGACUUGGCUCUAGGUUCCAGUCUAGAUCGAGCAUUUCCGCUUUCGGUAGCAGCUUCAUGCCACUUGUACAAUGGCGAGACGAUGCUUUUAAAGGAUCAGCAAACGGCAAUAGAUCCUAUUUGCCGUGUGCUGCUUCGGCCACUGGCCCAGCGAGUGGCGACAAUAAGCAACAUCGUAAAAUCGCGCGGCAACGGCCACAAGUGGACACAUUCGUGUCUGUACAAGUUAUGCUACGGCAUGGACAUCGAAGACAUGAUGACGUGCGCUUGCUGA